UUUAGAAGAUAAAAUUUAUUCAAAUCUGAAGUUCAUUCAGUCAGUUCGUUUGAUAGCGGAUCAAAGUGAGGAGAAACCAACAUGAUUUCUCUAAUCAUAUUGUCAGUGGCCAUUUUCGAGGGAACGUAUGGGGCUUUACAACUGCAGCCGUACAACGAGACCGCACUUGGCAUGUUCAUCGCAAACGACCCAAACGCCGACGGCGUAAUCACAUGUGUGGAACUUGAGGCCAGCUUUGACAAAUAUGACAUGAACGGUGAUGGAACGGAGUCACGCCACGAAUACACAGAAUACAUCUGCGCUGUGUCUCCUAGCCUCUACCAACUUUCUCAUUGGCUCUUCGAUGAGUAUGAUUUCGAUGGAGAUCACCACCUGGUAAAGACUGACUACGAUCAACUCUGCGCUGCUAUGGAUACAAAUGGUGAUUCCAACGUUACACCGGAUGAGUUCAUUGAUUAUUGGGUAAAGGUGUUCCCUAAGUACGAGAGCGUUGGACAGCAUGGACAACACUUCGCUCACGGAAACUCAGCAUGCCAUUAAUUUCUGGACUUUUUUCUCGUGUGUUUAGCUAUAAAAGAAAUAAAGAUUGAAUUGUUUACGUUAAUUAGCAGUAAAAAAGGAAAUAAAAAUGGCAUUGUUUACGUUUAACAUUUGCAGUUAAUAAAGGAAAUAAAAAUGGCAUUGUUUACGUUUACUGGCAGUUAAUAAAGGAAAUAAAAUGG